AUGGCAGACAAACUCCCCAAGGACAAGCGGGAAGAUGACUCCAGCAUAUGGUCCGAAUCCGAACAGCGUGGAAUUGAAGUGGGCCCUGUGGCGACAAAAGUUGUCUUGGACAAUGCAAAGUUGGUGACAACGAAAGGCAACAUUAUCACCAAAGAUGGAGCUAUCGUGGCCACUGGAGAUCUCGACUCGAGCGAUUCGGCCAAUCCCUUUACGGAUCCCCAGAUCCGAGACUACUACAUUGGUGUCUAUGAGAAAGCAAAAUACGAGUGUCGACAUGUCUUCGACGCGGAUGCCACAUGGACAGAAGAAGAGGAGAAGAAGAUCGUCAAGAAACUUGACUGGCAUGUAUGCUUGUGGGCAUGUAUCAUGUUCUUCAGUCUACAGAUUGAUCGUGGAAACAUCAAUCAAGCCGUUUCAGGAACCUUUUUAAAGGAUCUUCGCCUUAAUACUAAUGAUUUCAAUCUUGGAAAUACCGUGUUCCUGGUGUCUUUCCUUUUAGCCGAGCUACCAUCUCAAUUAAUCUCGAAGAAGCUUGGUCCAGACCGCUGGAUUCCUAUGCAAAUGGUUUUAUGGUCCAUAGUCGCCAUGUCGCAAGCGGCCCUUCGAGGCAGAUCCGAAUUUCUCGCAACUCGUGCUCUUCUUGGAGUGCUUGAGGGUGGUUUCAUCCCAGACUUAGUACUUUGGCUCUCCUACUUCUACACCAGUCGGGAGCUCCCCAUGAGGUUGAGUUUCUUCUGGACAGCUUUAAGCGUCACUGGUAUCUUUGCUUCGUUGCUUGCUUUUGGAAUAUUCCAUCUCGAAGGCCACCAUGGUCUUGCAGGCUGGAGGUGGAUCUUCUUAAUCGAAGGAACGCUUACACUUAUCAUUGGCAUCGUGUCAUUCUUUUUCAUGCCGGCGUCUGCAGUCCAGACCAAGUCGUGGUUUCGACCUAAGGGAUGGUUCACUGACCGCGAGCUUACCAUUGUGGUGAACCGAGUGCUACGAGACGACCCCAGCAAAGGAGACAUGCAUAAUCGGCAGGCAAUCACACCAAGUCGACUAUGGGCUGGACUGAAAGAUUAUGAUCUCUGGCCGCUUUACAUGCUCGGUGCCAUCUGCUUUGUUCCGCAGGCGCCACCCGCUUACUAUCUCACGCAAAUUCUUCGGAAUCUCGGGUUUAGCACUUUCCAAACCAACCUUCUUACUAUCCCAUCGUCAGUGUUCCAUAUGAUCACUCUUAUCAGCCUUACCUGGUUAAGUGAAAAAAUUAAUCAACGCGGGCUUGUCGCCAUGCUACAAGGCGUAUGGACCCUUCCUUGCAUUAUUGCUCUCAGAGUGUGGCCAGGUCUUAUGAAAGAACAAUGGCCAACCUAUGCUCUACUCACCGUGUUACUAAGCUAUCCAUAUUGCCAUGCUAUUAACGUGGGUUGGAUAUCGAAAAACUCGAACAACGUUGGUUCUCGCAGCAUAUCUGCCGCCCUAUACAAUAUGAUGGCUCAAGUUGGCGGCAUCAUCUCGGCGAACAUUUAUCGAGACAAUGAUAAGCCGCUGUAUAAGCGAGGGAACCAAGUCUUGAUUGGAAUCAAUAUACUGAGCAUUGCUCUGUUCCUCUACGCAAAGAUAUACUACGUCGUCAAGAACAAAAUUCGUGAGCGCAAAUGGAAUGCGAUGACCCCUGAGGAGCGUGUUGAGUAUACAUACAAUACUACGGAUACUGCUAGUCGGCGACUCGACUUCCGAUUUGCCCAUUGA